AUGGUUAAGACGAAAACAAAACCUAAAAAACGUCGUACAUUUGCUACUGAUAAACAUAAUUCAAAAACUCGUGUCGAUACAGUAAAUAAAGUCAAUCCAUUUGAUCUUCAUGUUAAUCGUUUAAAACAUGAUGUACUCGGUAAAAAACGUAGCUAUGAAAGAGGUGGUCAACCACUUAAAUCUCGAUCACGAGGAAUAGAAAAAAGAAAACGUACACUAUUAAAAGAGUUAAAUUCAGUAUUUAAACGAAAUACAUUUAUUGAUCAUCGUAUUGGUGAAAAUGAUCCAACAUUAACAAAUGAUGAAAAACUAAUGCAACGUUUAAUUGCAGAGCGAACCAAAAUGCGUCCUGGUAAAGAAAGUCGUUAUAAUUUAAAUGACGAAGAAGAUUUAACACAUUAUGGUCAAUCACUUUCGAAAUCCGAUGAACUCAAUCAAAAGCCGAUUAUUGAUGAUUAUGAUGAUGAUGAUGAUUUACAUAAAGGUCGUUUGAAUUCUGAACAUUUUUUUGGUGGUUUUAAAGCUUCAAUUGAACAACGUAAACCACAAUCAAAACAAGAAUGGAUUGAAAGUAUGAUUAAAAGUACAAAAUUAGAUAAAUAUGAACGUCAACGUGAAAAUGAAAAAAUCUUCGAUAUGACACAAACGCUUGAUGAACAAUGGAAAGCAUUAAGUACAAUUAUGGGUAUUAAAGAUAAAAAACCGAAAGAAACAAGAGAAACAUCGGAUGAUUAUGAUAAACUUGUGGCUUCAUUAAGAUUUGAAGCAAAAACAACCGGUGCACCAGUUAAAACUAUUGAAGAAACAGAAAAAGAAACAGCAGAAAAAUUAAAAACAUUACAAGUUGAAGAAAGACAACGUAUGGAACAACCAACAUUGAAAUCAAUUUUAGCAAAAAAUAAACCACAAAAGCAUAUUUUUGUUGAAGAAUUAGAUGAAAGUUAUUAUAUCAUGGAUGGAUCGAAAAAACGGGUGACAUUUGAUGAUGAUGAGGCUAUGAACAAUGAACCUGUACCACCGAUCGAGUCAGAUGAAGUAGUACCACAUGAAAAUGAUUCGAUGGCAAUGGAUAAUGGAGAAGGCGAAGAAGAAGAAGAAGAAGAAAUUGAUCAAACAACAAAUGGCGAUUUAAUUGCAGAAUUCGAAGAAAUUCCAUCAGAUAUUGAAAAACUUCAAACUCGUCUAUCUGAAGAUAAAAAUGCAUUGAGCACUAUCUGGAAACGAAUCAACGAUAAACGAUUACCGCCUAUACCAAGAUUAGUUUUAAGUAACUAUUUCGAUGUUCUGCUGGAUUAUUAUGAAUCAGUUACAUCAAAUCAAACGUUGUUGAAUCACAUUGGUAAAAAUCUUCUUCACCUAGUACAAUUAGCUAAUAAUGAACAAACAAAAGGCAAUAUACAAAGUCGCUUAAGGCAAUAUCAUGAUAAUUUAAGUGAACAAAUUGAAAAUGGUAAAUUUUGUGAAAUAGAUUCAUCAUUCAUUGUUUUUUUUAAAUUAAUCGCUCAUCUCUAUCCAACAUCCGAUUUUUGUCAUCCAAUAACAACACCAGCCAUAACAUCACUUGUUCAAGCGAUAAAUCAUAGUUCUCUAAAAUCUCUUCAUUCAUGUCGACAAGCAUUAUUUUUAAUUGGCUUAGUAAAACAAUGGGUAUCAAAAAGUCAUCGCUACGUUCCAGAAGUCACUGUUUUAUUAACAAAAUUAAUUCAACUUGCAUGUCCAAUUGAAAAAUCUCAAUAUGUUAUAACCAGUUCAUCGAAACAGAUCAGCAAUAAUCAAUUACUCGUUUUGAAUAAGAAUAGUGACUUAUCAAAUUCAAAUGAACCAACCGUUUUUGACACCAAUGAACUCGAUGAUGAUAAUGAUCAGCAUCGUGCUUUAAUUCUUCGAACUUGUCUCAAUCAUCUAAGUGAUUUUCUUAAAACUUACGAAUCACUUUCGGCUAUUGUGGAAAUCGCCCAACCAUUUAAAUCUUUUCUUACGACGAUUGCUGAUACAUCCAAAUGCAGUCAAAUAUCGUCUCAAUGCCGAGAGAUUUUAACUUUAAUUGAUAAAAUUCAAACAGAAUGUCUUUCAAAUCGUAAAUAUCUUGAACAAGGCAAAGAGCAAGCAAAAAUGUUACGAUUGUUUGAACCUCGUUUUGGACCAGUAUACGAAGGUAAAAAGAAUACCCGCUUACCGAAAGAUUAUGCUGAACGUCUUCGUCUUCGGCAAAAAUAUAAACGUGAAGUUAAAUCCGUUUCUCGUGCACUUGUGCUUGAUAAUCAAUUUAUCUCACGUGAAGAACUUAAACAACAAAUGGAAAAAGAUGCUCAUCGAAAACGCAAAGUCAAAGAUAUUCAAGCCGAAAUAUCCAUGCAAGAAGGAGAAUACCGAAAAUUACAAAAAACCAAAUAA